AUGUUUUAUGCACAAUUUGUGCUCUCGAAAAAGGGUCCGCUGGCCAAAAUUUGGCUAGCAGCUCAUUGGGAGAAAAAAUUGUCAAAAGCUCAAAUCUACGAAACUAAUGUUGAUGAAGCUGUUGAUGAAAUCAUUCAACCAAAGGUGAUUAUUUUUCGAUUUUUUUUACAGAGAUGAUAAAUAUCGAUUGAUUUUCAGUCAAAAAUGGCUCUCCGAACAACUGGACAUUUACUUUUGGGAAUUGUCAGAAUUUAUUCGAAAAAAACCAAAUAUCUUCUUGCUGAUUGCAAUGAAGCGUUUCUUAAGAUCAAAUUAGCAUUCAGACCUGGACAAUUAGAUGCGCCCAAUGAGAAGAUACCGUAUCAAACUACAUUUUCAUCAAUUCCAGAUGUAAGUUUCACUAUUUCUCUAUUUUAUAAAAAAAUGUAGCCUCCAAGAACUCAAUCAAUAAUUUUCUAGAUGUUUGGCGACUUUGAUGCCACUCUCCCAGAAUUCAAUGAAGCCGACUAUUUGAAUUGUCAAGUUAGCCAAAGUCGAGUUGAUGAUAUCACAUUGAAAGAGGAUAAUAUUACUGAAGCAGCACACGAAAGAUAUAAUCCUACCAGUUUUGAUGUGAGUUUAGCGCGCGAUUUUGUUUUGAAUUUGGUGAAUUUUUUUUCUAGGAUGAUGAUUUUGGAGAAGCUGCGGCUGGUGUGAAUUUCGAUGAAGAUUAUGCGGAUUUUUCGGGAGAUGUCAGCUUUGGUUUCGAAUUUGCUAGAGAUCAAUCGAGCGCUAUUGAUAGCUUGUUUGGGUGAGUUGAAAUUUGAGAAAAACAUUUGGAGUUGUGAUAAAUAUUAUCUUGAAUCUGACUUGAAGAGUUCCAUUAAAGGCAAAAAAUCGAUAUUUGAAGGUCGAUAAACUGAUUAGAAAAUCAAUGAUUUCUAGAUCAAAUUUCGUAAUCACAAACAGAAAACUGAACUUGGUGAAAAAUAAAAAAAAAAGGUCCCUCCCGAUUUUCAGAAAAAAGGAACUAGACUGAAAUUUUCUGAUUUUUAAAUAAAAAAAGGCUUCUACAAACAGAAUGUUCUAAUAGAUUGCUGAUUCGAAUAAAAAAAUCCUAAAUCAAAUAAUGUUUUCCUAAUUUUCACCAAGAAAAAAACCCCAUUUCCACCUUCAGCCGUGAACGUGAGCCAACACCAUGUCUCGACAAUGCUCACGCUCCAGGAAACGCAAUUUUUGGCGAAGAAGAUUUUGGUGAUAAUGCUGAUGCUAUGGAUGAUGAAGAUCAAGAAUUGACUAUGGAUAAUAAUUCGGAAAUUAUGCCGAUUUCUGAUCAUUUGGAUGUUGAUGAUAAUAUGUCAGUCAAAAGCUUCAAUACACAUAGUAAGUUUUUUUUUGAGAUUCAGAAUCUAAGAGGUUUUUGUUUGUACACAUUAGAUUCAGGCUUCUACAUUUGAAACUCUGUAUAUUCUGGAGCUUCUGUGAGAAAUCAAUACUUUUUCAACAUUUUUAAGCUGAAAAAAUCUUCAGGCAUUUUUUUAACAAUUAGUAAAAAAAAUUUCGAAAAUGAAGCUCAGGCUCCCAAAAAAAUCUCCCUAAUUUUUGAGUUUAAACCUUAAUUAAUAUAUUUUCAGCAACAAGCGAACAUGAGAGUUAUCAAUUGGAACUAAUGGAAUCAUAUCUUGAAAGACAGGAAAGAAAAAAAGAGAAAGAGACGACUUUUGGUUGA